AUGGCUGAUACUGCUGAGGUCCCCGAACGCAAGACACGUAAGUCUGUUCAAUUUUCUGAAGGCACCACGAUCGUCGACAGCAACGGCGAAGUCACCGAGUCUCUGGAGGCGAACGGCGGCAAGGACUCUGCCGAGGGUCACUCCUCUGGUGGCGCGGGCGAUGACAAGGAGGUCGAAGAGGUCACCGACAUGUUCGCUGACCUCGCCAAGAAGAAGAAGAAGAAGUCAACCAAGAAGAAGGAGGGCGAGGAGGAUGACGGUGCAGAGGGUGAUUUCGCUGCGCUGAAGAAAAAGAAGAAGUCUAGCAAGAAGAAGGUCGAGGAUGAUUUCGAAGCUAAGCUCGCCGCUGCUGGUGGAGAGAAGGCCGAGGGCGAAGAGGAGGCUGCCGCCGCUGAACCAGAAGUGCAAGAAGGCGACAUGAUGAAGGGCACUGGCAUCUGGCAACACGACCAGACGACUCCUAUCAGCUACAACCUCCUCCUCAACCGCUUCUUCACACUCCUCCACGCCCAACACCCCGAUCUCGCCAGCUCAGGUACAAAGAGCUAUAAGAUCCCGCCCCCACAGUGCAUGCGUGAAGGAAACAAGAAGACUGUUUUCGCCAACCUUGCCGAGAUUUGCAAGCGCAUGAAGCGUUCGGACGAGCAUGUUGCGCAGUUCCUGUUUGCCGAAUUGGGUACGAGCGGUUCAUUUGCCGAUCAGAAGCGUCUGGUCAUCAAGGGUCGUUUCCAACAAAAGCAGUUGGAGAACGUGCUCAGGCGGUACAUUGUCGAAUACGUUACCUGCAAGACUUGCCGCUCGCCCGAUACGGACCUGUCCAAGGGUGAGAACCGUCUCAACUUCGUUACUUGCAACAGCUGUGGAUCAAGGCGUUCAGUCCAAGCUAUCAAGACUGGUUUCUCUGCACAGAUUGGAAAGAGGCGGAGAAUGGUGGCCUAG